UAAUCGAUUAUACGACGCUUCCCAUCUUUCCGCUGUUAACGUCUAACCUUCCUUUCUGGAUCGGCCCAUUCCAAUUUGGAAAGUUCCCAGUGGCAUCGUAUACGAUACUCCUUGUUUAACGUAAUCGUUAAAGAUGUCGGGAAAAUUAGAUAUUUUAAGCCUGAAGGAAGAGGAUGUGACUAAGAUGUUGAGUGCUACCACUCACAUCGGAAGUGACAACGUAGAUUACCAGAUGGAGCAGUACAUUUAUAAGCGCCGUUCUGAUGGUGUCCGCAUCAUUAAUUUGAGACACACUUGGGAGAAACUUCUUCUUGCUGCUCGUGCUAUCGCUGUUAUCGAGCACCCAAGCGAAGUUUUUGUAAUUUCAUCUAAAACUUAUGGUCAGAGGGCAGUGUUGAAGUUCGCUGCACACACUGGUGCUACAGCCAUCGCCGGAAGGUUCACACCUGGUGCUUUUACCAAUCAGAUCCAGGCUGCCUUCCGUGAGCCCAGGCUUCUUGUUGUCAGUGAUCCUCAGAACGAUCAUCAACCUAUCACUGAAGCCUCCUAUGUCAACAUUCCCGUCAUAGCUUUUUGCAAUGCUGAUUCACCUCUCCGUUAUGUUGAUAUUGCCAUCCCUUGCAACAAUAAGUCUGUCAAUUCCAUCGGGUUGAUGUGGUGGCUCCUUGCCAGGGAGGUGCUGCGCUUUAAGGGCAAGAUCAAGCGCGACACUAAAUGGGACGUGGUCGUCGAUCUGUAUUUCUACAGAGAUCCUGAAGAGGCGGAGAAGGAGGACCAGGUGACCAAGGAGGUCGCAGCACCAGUACCUGCUAAACCAGUCGAAACCGAUUACACCGCAGGUGUGGCUGAGAACUGGCCCGACAACGGCGAGCCGGCAGUUAGGCCAUCCUGGGGAGAUGAACCAGUCGCGGCUCCUGCUGCUGCUCCGUUGUUGCUGCCCAAGAAGGCAACAGGUGUUCCUGAAGGAGAAUGGGUUACAGCACCCCAGCCGGAAGAAUGGGCAGGUAAUACCAAUUGGUAAUCUGACAUUUUUUAUUAAAUAAAGGACUUCUUUCAAAG